AUGCGUAGCAAGGCGUCACCGCCACCCAGGAAACCACUGGGUAAGUAUGAGUCGGCCACAAACUCUCUGCCCGCCGGCAGUUUUGCGCUCACCUCGCCUUCUGUGACGCGGAAGACUCUAAGGUCUGUCAUUCCCGAGGAUGCAGUUAGGUCAUCUAUCUCGCAGCUUCCUUUCUCCGAGACUAGACUCCAGGAAGAUGGAGAAGGCUACUCGCCGAGUGAGCUUAUUGUGCCGUUUCACUUGGACCUUGCAGCUAAACUUCUCAAGCACCAAGAGCGUAAUGAGAACCAUCUACAAAAGUCAGACAUCCUUGGCCUACAGGUUGCCCUGGAUAACUAUGCGGAGGGUUUGCUCUACUCAACGCGUCAGAUGUUCAUGCAUGAAAAUAAAUGCAUGGUGCAACAACUCCAACGGACAAAGGAUGUCUCAGCAACCCAGCUCUUUCUCCAGGUGCAACGGGAGCUACGACAACUCGUAGAUGACGACUCCGCAGCAAAAGAGCGGCAGCUUAUCGAAAAACUUUCUGCUCUCCUCGAAGUGUAG